AUGUCGUCACUCUACCAGCCCAGACCUGUCCUAUCCUCCCAAAGAUACUCGCCUGCUCCAGACUACGUUGAUAGCAGAAGAUCAAGCGUACAGGGCACACGGCCUCCCCUGCGGGAGGCAACUGGCAAUGCCCAGGCCCCAAACUUCAACGGCAUCGUCUCUUGCUACCAGAACCAGGUAGUCUUGUCGCCGUCUAUGCAGACCAGCAUGCAGGCACCUAUGGUGCCUUCUCAGUCCUUUGAGUCCCUUUACCGUGUGCCUACUCCCCGUCAACAGCCCAGAUUUCAGCAGCGCAAGCCUCGCGCCGAUAUUAACCCUCUCUACUUUUGGCCUGCUUUCCGCCAAUACCGCAAUAGACAAGCACACAAAGAUACACAAAAGGACAAGGGUGGCGUCUGGCGCCGCUCUGAGCUUGAAGAUGCCUUCGUCGACUCUGUUCUGCUCAUGCCUCAUAUGGGACGCAGAAAGUUCUCUAUGGGCGGCAAGCUUCAUGGCCGCAACAUGCUGAUCAGCGAGUACAUCUUUACGCUGUGUGUUUCUAUUCUUGGCAGCAAGGAAAUUUUCCGCAUCGACAACUCCAACGACAGUAUUGAGCAGAUGGGUCGCAAGCAGGUGUCCAGCCAUAUGCAGGUUGUCAAGAAGUUCUUUGAAGACUUGCGCUGCUUCCACUUCCUCUUCCCAUCGGAGGAGAAGAAGGAACCCGGAUCUACAAACUCAGAAGACUACUACGAUGAAGAAGAGCAGGAGUCCUUCAAGUCAAACCCCGUCUUGACCGCUCUCGCGGAAGGACGCGUUCCUGAGGUCAAGCCCAACUACCCUUACUUCUCCCAGCUCCUUACUCUCCAGCAGUACAUAACUGUCCGCCCCAAGACCGCCGAAAUCUUUGUUUCGUCUUCAGAUAUCAAGAUCCGCGAUGAGAUUGCCUACGAUGCUAACGACGCGCCUCUUGAUCUCAGCUCGUUCCCUCACUUGAACAAGUACAACAACUGUGACGACAGCCCCAAUGUUCUUGGCAAGGACGUUUUGCUCCACGAGUACACCCGGUCGCUUGACCGCGUUACUUCGGCUUGCGCCAAGUCUGUUACUCGCCGCUGGCAGAAGGAUGCGCCGGCUAUGUACGAUACUCUGGAUCUGCCUGCUCGCGAUGAGGAGUGCCUGCUUCUUGAGAUGUGCGCUACUUUGGACUUGCACGAGCAUGCCAAGUUCCCCUCUGGUUCCGAGCUCACUGGCUUCGUUGAGGUUACUAUUGCCCACCCCAGCCUUCAGAACCACAAGUGGAAGUGUGUCACUCGCCUCACUCGCCCCAACGAACUCCACAACGAUGAGGCUCACGAUGAGGUUUACACCAAUGAGAGUGGCAUUCACCGCCGCGGCUGCAGCGACUCUAAACCUGACUGCGAGUGCCACAUGCGUCCUCGCCAGGAGAUUCAUGUUCCGUUCCCUGCUGUGGAAUGGGCCAGCAUCUUGAGCAUGGCUGUGCAGUACCCCGAUGUCGAGCACCAGCGCUGCAAGGAGAAGCGCCAGAAAUACGCCAACGGCGAUGGCAAGGACCGUGCUGGAAGCAAGCGCAAGCGAUCGGAAGACGAAGGUGAUGCUGCCUCUUGGGCGCGUCGCGAGCCUACUGGUAGCGAUCUCAUCUGCAAGGUUGCCAUGUACCAGGAGCUUUGGUCUAAGGCACCUGACUCUGCUCAAUGGACUCGCCAAUCCAUUAUCUUCUGGCGCUUCAACACCACUAACCAGUGGUACAAGUACGAGCCCGUCUUCAAGCCUGCCGGCACCUCGUGGCGCUGGCUGACUAUCAACGACCCCAUGUCUCGCUACCACCAGCAGAAGGCUUUGGUCUACCCCCCAACCAACGUUACGCGGGAUGCUAUUAUGUCUCCUACCCCCACUGUUAACCAGCACUUGACUGCCGCCAUGAAUGAGACAUUCAACUCAGCAUGGGACAACUCUGCUGGCAUGGCUGGCCACGGUAUGCCUCAUGUUCCGACACUGCAGACCCCUGGAAACAGUCUUCUUUUUGACUCGUUUUCAAACGGCCUGGCCACUCCACCACCCUCAGCUACUAUUCAAACUCCAUACUCUCAUGGAAGCUUUGAUUCAGCCAUGGGCCCCAACAGUGCAGUAAGCUUCUUGUCCGCUACAGGAAGCAUUUCCGGCCCUUCGGAUCGCCACAGCUCUAUGAGCGCCGCUACGGGCCAGACAUACUUUGACCAAACCACCUUUGCUGAUGUCAAGCCAAUCUCCGCACCUGUUGGUGUUUACAACGCUGUAUCCGCAUCGCUUGAUAUGCCCAACACGAAUGUCUACGACAAUUCCCCAUGCGAUGCCAACUUGCCCACUGGUUGGGACAUGUCUGCUCUGGACGGCUGGACCGGCCCAGCAGCAUCAACUGGUGCCUCUGCCGAAUGGGGGGCACCGUCAAAGAUUGAAACCAAUGACCACACCAACAUGUGGACUACACCCCAGUGGAACAUGUCCGCCACCACUGGAGCCCAGGCUGCGCCAUCUAUCCCUCCGGAGCGAGGAGGCAGCCCCCGGCCAAUGAAGAGACGAAGAGCCGAAGGCAUGGAACACGCACCUGUGUCUACCGGAUGGUAA